AUGGGUCGCUACGCACGUGAGUGUACGGCACCAGUACACUCGAGCCAAGGUCAACGUGGCGAUACCGGGUAUCGUCACGGCCAAACAAAAAAAGGCAAGGACCAUCACGAGUGUCUACAACGGACACGCGGUGCUGAAGUCUGCAGCCCCAGUGAGAGGGAAUCUCACUGCAAAGUACAAGAUGACAUGCCUAACCUUGUCAUCUUGAAGGUGAAGUCGAUGACGAAGAGAGCGGACUCUCUUCGGGUGUUGGUGGACUCGGGCGCGUCGAACAACUUUGUUCGACAGCAAAGUCUGCCGUUGUUGGACUUCGAGGAGAAGCAUGUGUCUCGAAGUCAGCUGGAAGUACGAUUGGCAACGGAUGCCAUCGUGAAAACCGAGAAGCGUGUGAUUCGCGCACGGUUCUCGUACAAACACCGGAAGAAGCGACGGCGCAGACGCAAGACGCUGCGCAAGUCUCGGGCAGGGACCGAGACUCUUGAUGGUGUGUCUGCCGGGCAGACACAAAUGGCAACAAUGGCCGUCGAGACUCUGAACGUCUUGACGCGGGCCAGUACUGGAUAUCAGUACCAGAAGAUGGAGUUGGAGAACCCUCCGACAGAUGCGUCGGAGUUGACCUCGCUUCCAGUCAUGAGCUAG